AUGCAAUAUAAUAUACUUGAAGUUCCAGGCUUUCCCCGCUACAAGAUCUUUGCAUCUUUAUACAAAGGGGUAAGAAAUCAUCGAGAAAUCAGAAAACUUAUAGCUUCAUCUAAAGUGGACAUAGAUAUUGAUUUUGCAUUUCUCAACGCAGACAACGUGAUAUGUCUGGAACAACUUUAUAGUGCUCUUUUUAGAUGCUUUGUGGAUGAAAGAAACGGUGAUAUGAAGGCGAGAUCUAUUCAUACAGAAAUAAUCAGUGAUAUGUCACCGCUAAGAAAUAUAAUGGAAGCAUUAUCGAAAUUUGGAAUACCAUCUAAGGGUGAGACAUCAAACAUGAUCGUUCUUAAGGUUAUUGAGAGCAGCGAACCUAUUAAAAAAGAUGAAGUCGAAAAGAUUGCUACCGGACUAGACAAUUUAUUAGAAAAUGAGAAUACAGGUGGAUUAUAUGUGACAGAUGCAAACCUUGAAGAUACAGCUAAACCUAGAACGAUUAUAAAAAAUUAUAAGCUUGGAAAUGUCAGUGAGGAGGAUAAAGAUAAACUCAUCAGGUUGGUAGUUGACACAAUCCAACUUAGAGGGCUUUGA